AUGGAAGAGAUUGAUAUAAUUACAACAGGUGGGAUUGUAUUAUUUAAAUGGGGACAAGGAAAAUUAAGAGGUGAGCCUAUUAACACAGUUAUCAAAGACCAUCUGUUGGCUGAUAGAACUGGAGAAAGCAAAGCAAUUGUUGAAAAUUAUAUGAUACGGUGGUUAUCAGAUAAUGAAACUUCAACUAUAAUAAUGGUUGUUCAUGUAAAAACAAUUAAAGUUGAUUAUAUAGAUUUGUUCAUUAAAGAAAUGAUGAAAAAAUUUAAAGAACAGUAUUUACCAAAUAAGACAAUUGUUAAAAGCAUUAUGAAUACUACCGUAGAAGAAACAUUAAAAGAAUGUCAAGAACGCACUAAACAAGAAAAGGCUAAUAAAAAGAUGAGAAAGUUUGAAGAAACUGAAAAAGGAGCUGAAAAAGCAAUGAAAUUAAAGAAAGCUAAAGGAGAAAGUAAAAAGAAAGAAGAGACAAUUAUAGUUGGAGAGGGAGAGAAUAAAACUUAUAAAUUCGAUGGAAUGAAGAAACAAGAAAAACCAAAAUCAAAUGGAUCUACAUUAUCCAAAAUUUUUGCUGGAUUUAAUGGUACUAGAAUUAUUGAUGAAGCGGAGUCAUUAGAACAAGCAGAAAAAAUAGAGAAAAUGUUAAUUGAAAAGAAUGUUAACUCUGAAAUUGCAGCACAAAUUAAAAGUAAUAUUCAAACUUUAUUAAAUGGAAAGAAGGUUGAUACUUUUACAUUACGUGGAACUGUUAUUCAAGGUGUUACUGAAGUACUUACUCGAAUUAUGACACCAACAAGUCCUAUUGAUGUUGCUAAAGAGAUAUCUGAAAAGAAAGCAAAUGGAGACGUUUAUACAAUGGUGUUCUUAGGAGUUAAUGGUGUUGGUAAAUCAACUUCAUUAUCAAAAAUGGCAUGUUGGUUAACAUCAUUAAAUUAUAAAGUAAUGAUUGCUGCAUGUGAUACAUUCAGAGCUGGUGCUGUUGAUCAAUUAGCUGUCCAUGCUCAAAAAUUAGGAAUUACAUUAUAUGAAAAGGGUUAUGAUACUGAUCCAUCUGCUAUUGCUAGAAACGCAUUAAAACGAGCAAAAGAAGAUGGGUAUGAUGUAUUAUUAGUUGAUACAGCAGGAAGAAUGCAAGGAAAUGAUGCAUUGAUGAAAGCUAUAGCUAAAUUAGUUCAUUCAGCACAAACUGAUUUAGUACUGUUUGUUGCUGAGGCAUUAGUAGGAAAUGAUGCAGUUAAUCAGUUGACAACAUUCAAUAGAUAUAUUAUUGAUUAUGCACCAAACAAACAAUCAAAAGGAGUAAAUGGUAUUAUUUUGACUAAAUUUGAUACUAUAGAUGAUAAAGUUGGAGCAGCAAUAUCAUUGACGUAUUGUACUGGAAUACCAAUAUUAUUUGUAGGAUCUGGACAGCAUUAUACUGAUUUAAAAUUAUUAGAUAUUGAUGAGUUAAUCUCAACACUCUUAAAAUAA